AUUAUUGCAAUGGCCAAGCGUACAACGUUUACAAUAGCAUUUGCUGCGGCACACAAAUAUCAUCUAUAACUGGUUUCAAAGCUCCUGCUUGUUGUGGAAAUAUUGCAUUUGACAGAGAUGCAAAUUUAUGUUGCGGCGGGGCACUUGUUGCAAGAACAUCAACAGCAAAUGGUUGUUGCGGUGUGGCUUCUUUAGAUUUAUCUAUUAAUGAUUGUUGUGCCGGUAACGCUAUUGCGAGACUGGCUCAAAUAUGUUGUAAUGGAGCACCAAUUGCCAGAACAUCAAUAUAUGAUGUUUGUUGCGGGGCAGCUAAAAUGGAUAAGACCAAGGAAGUUUGCUGUAAUGGAAAUGCAGUAACAAUUGCUUCUACUUUUCCAACAGGAAAUAAUCUCGUACCAAACACGUAUGCUUGUUGUGGAAGUUCACUUUUCCGU